AUGGCCCCAACGACGCGCUCUGCGAGACGCAGGACCGCUGGAUCGAGUAACGGCCCCGGGGGCCCAGCGACAAACACCAAGACACAGACUCCAGCGACAGUCUUCUCAGUUGCAAUUAGGAAGAGAAAGGACCCAGGAAACGAGAAGCAUCAGGCCACCAAGAAACAAAAGACCCAGACAACCCAUGCGGUAGCGAAAGCAAAGCCCAAGAGGGCGGCUGCGCCCAGAGUGUCUGCCAUUUCAGCGCCGUCUCCCAUCGUCGAUCAGUCACAGCCAAAGUUUUCCAUUCUUAUGCUCGGCACCGUCGAUUUUUCGGAGCUUGGGCUUGGGCCCGAUGAGAAGGAGUGCAUGCUCCCUCGCCUCAAUCCUUAUCUUGACCCCAAUGAACAAUCCGCCUUCCACAUUUCCAAGUACGCCGUCGGUGGUAUGCACACGGUCGCCGUCACCGUCGAUAACAAAGUCGUCACAUGGGGCGUCAACGAUCAUGGAGCUCUAGGCAGAGACACUUCGUGGGAUGGCGAUGAGACGGCUAAUCGCCACGAGUCGACUCCGUGCGAGGUGUCGCCCCUUCAUUUUCCACCGGGCGCAAGAAUAAUACAAGUCGCUGCUAGUGACAGCUGCAGUCUUGCUCUUACCGAUACCGGGUUGGUCUAUGGAUGGGGCACUUUUUUGGAUCCCGGAGGGAAGAAGCGAUUUGGCUACGAUCAGUUCGGCAAACUCAUCACGAUCCAGAACACUCCGCGACUCAUUCUUGGGCUCAGCAACAUCACCCAGAUCGCCUGCGGAGCCAACCAUGCACUGGCCCUAGAUGCAGCCGGUACCAUUUGGGCCUGGGGCUCGGGUCAUCAAAACCAGCUUGGGAAGCGUCUUGUUGGACGCUAUCAAGACGGACUGACACCUCGGCGCGUGGAGAUUUUCCGGAACAAAGCCAAGUACAUUGCUUCUGGAGCAUAUCAUUCCUUUGCCGUCGACCAAAAAGACAAUGUCUGGGCUUGGGGCCUCAACGGAUUGGGCCAAGCUGGCGAUGUUACAUCCGCAGGUGGCUAUGAGGCGUUUCUGCCGCACCCAAUGAAGAUCCCAGGACUGUCAGGUAGAGGCGUGCAUGUUCUGGAUGGCGGGACGCAUCACUCGGCUGCUGUUACAGAGGAUGGGGAAUGUUUGAUGUGGGGGAGCAUCAGGGGCGGGCAACUGGGCAUCCGGUUCACGCAGGAGCAGAUUCAGGACUCUUCGCACGUCCUUUGCGAUGAGCGUGGUGAGCCUCGCAUUUGUCUUCGUCCUACCGCCGUCCCCGGUAUUGGACCCGUUGCGCAUGUUGCCUGUAGCACUGGCCAUACCAUCUACAUCACCAAGAGCGGCAACGGCUAUGGUACAGGAUUCGGCAACGGCGGUCAGCUGGGAAAUGGCAACGAGGAUGAUGCCGACGUUCCACAGCUCAUGAUAGGGGAUGAACUCCACGGCAAGCACUUGGUAUCUGCGGGUGCGGGCGGGCAAUUCUCAGUUGUUGCGGCGCGUGCGAAAAUGCCUGGAGAUUACUGA